GGAAAGAGGAGCGAAACCCAGACCACAUGAAUUAAAAGUGAGGCAUUGAGGGGGCUAACUAAUUGAACAAUCCAUCCUCUUUCACUCCGCCCUCUCUCCCUCUCUCCCUCUCUCCCUCCCCAUCAGAGCCACCAUGUCUGCCACCACCUCUCAGAAUGAUGUCGGCCAUCAAAACUACUAUCCUUACAACUACCAGAUGGGCAUGAAUGGAAAGAUCAUGCUCACGGCCAUAAUCUCCUUACUGGUUGUUGUCGCCCUUGUUGUCCUACUCCACAUCUACGCCAGGUGCAUACUUAGACGCCAAGCAAGGCGUCAGGCCAUCCUCCGUCGUGUCAACAUGUCCGUGGCCGCGCAACCUUACACACGCGAGCCACCUAAGAGGGGGCUCGGCCAGUCCGUCAUCGACUCCCUACCGACAUUCGCCUACAAGCAAAUAGACCCGCUCAAUGACUCUACCACCACAGAGUGCGCAGUCUGUCUGAGCAUCUUGGAAGGAGGAGAGAAGGUCAGGCUCCUACCCAACUGUAAGCACUUGUUCCAUGUUGAUUGCAUUGAUAUGUGGUUGGACUCUCACUCGACCUGCCCAAUUUGCCGCACCGACGCGGAACCCCAACCUAAGCCUGAUCAGUCGGGUGAAUCAAGUAGUGUUGCUGCUUCUGCUGUUGCAGUACCGCCAUCAGCUCCAGCCAUGGACACUUUGAAUUCGAUAACAACAUGCUCAGACGGAACACCUGACAGCUCUGCUCAAGCUUCGAAGGUGGGUGCAUCAACCUCGCGAUUGAGUUCAUUCCGCCGGAUGCUUAGUAGGGAGAGAUCAGAUAGGAGAAUUCAACCUUGUGAGCAAGCAGAUGGCGUGGAAGAUCUAGAGAGACAAUAGUAGUAGUAGUACUGGGUAGAAAAUUUUCUUUACUAUAUCUUCUCUUUUCGAACUUUGAUAUCUUAAUUCUUAUAUUUGUUUAUAGAACUCUUGAAAUGUAUAGAAGAGGGGUGAGCUAGCUACCUCAUCAUGGAAGUCUGAAGGAUCAAAUGGUACAGGACAUGAACAAAUUGAGAUUUUUAUUUACA